GGUCUCGGGCUGAAAUAGCUGUCCCGGAGUUAGCUGCGGGCCGGGUGAGAGGGUGGCUGUGGGAGCGGCCCCGCUCCUGUGGUGCUGCUAAGGCCGUGUUUCUCUCCUGCAAAUCUAAGGUGCCUUCAUGAAUAAUUUAAAUGACCCUCCCAACUGGAACAUCCUGCCAAAUCAACGAGAGCCCGGGGAUGAAGGCAGCCGAUGGAACUACGCCUUGCUGGUCCCCAUGCUGGGCUUGGCCGCCUUCCGUUGGAUCUGGACCAGAGAAUGUCAAAAAGAAAUAGAAAGAGAAAAAAAAGAGUAUUAUAAAAAACAUUCAUCUUUACAAAAAGACCUGGAAGCCAAAUACCGGGAUAUAAUCACAGAAAAUCGUCGGACGGUUGCUCACUUGGAGUUGGAGCUUGAAAAGGAACGCAACAGAACCCUGAGUUACCGUGAAGCCCUCGUGUCCCAGAGUCGCAAACUAGUAGAAGAAAGAAGGAUCCUGGAACAGGAGCAGGAGAAGUUAGAGCGAGAAAAACAAGUCCUUUUGCGCUCAGGAGCAGCAGGUAACUUGUACCAAAGUUGUCUGGCAAAGGAAGAAGAGUGGCAAAAGAGAGCCAAUAUUUUACUAAAAGAAUUUGAAGAGGGACUUAAAGAAAGACAGGACAUCUACUGCAGUCUUGUUGUACCCAGAAGCCAGAGACUAGAAAUAGAGAAAAAUCUGCUCGUUAAAGCAGCAACAGAUCCUGUUGCUGUGGCUCUACAUAUGGAAAGUGGCUUAAAAGAUAUUUUCAAACAUGAUAACUACUGUGGCAAUCUGCUGAACAGAAACAAAAGUCAAAAUGGAAGACUUAUGUGGCUGUAUCUGAGAUAUUGGGAACUAGCUAUUGAACUACAAAAGUUCAAGAGGGCAGAAAAGGCCAUGUUAGGAAAACGAUAAGUAGGAGAAGUAAUGGGAUUUCAUGUGAUCCACUGUGCAUAGUGGGGACAAUCACAGUUGUAGUCUGAAGCUGUUAAAUUCUACCGUGUUUCCAUUUCUCCUCCUCGUUGCACUUGCAUUUGCAUGGGACGUGCCGUUUUGGUGCCUUUCCUUUCACUGUCUAACAACAGAUGCUCCAGUGAGCUAUGCAUGCUCUUAAACUCUGUGAGUGUGUUUGUAUUGCAGACUGCAGUGUAGUAUAGAGAUAUGCCAGCUUCCAUAGGUAUCAGAAGCAGCAAAACAGAACUCCGUUUAGAGUGAUUUACCUAGUUGAUGGUCAUACGCCAUCAACAGAGAGGUGUGAUUUGUCUCCCCCAAGUGGGGUAGCACAUUGUGCUCCUUAUCCCUGAUGUUUUACAUGGCAUCUCAACACUAUCUUUUUCUUUUUUGUUUGUUUGUUUAAGCAAGACUGAUUUUGAGGCAGAUGCUUGGAAGAGACCAUGUUUGAGCAAGGUGCUUGUCACAUAAAUCCUACGUGUAUAUAUGUACAUUUAUAUACAAAUAUAUGUAUGUGUGAAUGCGUGUGUGUAUAAAUGUAUGCGUUAGUAUUCUGAGGGGGGGAAUAGUAUGAUCAUGUUUCAAAUUAAUCAGUCUUGCAUUGUCUUCCAGCUUAAUAUACAAAUAGUACUUUAUGAAGGAAACUUCCAAAAGAUGCUAAUUAAAAUAACACAUAAAGAAACAGAUUGAUGAAAGUCUCAUUGGAGCUAGGAAUUCAUGCUCGAAUACUAAAGAGUGUAUGAACUCGAAGUUAUAUUCUCAUCAUACUGGAGAUAUGUUAAGAAUACUUAUGUUUUUCUCUCCGUCAAGGUUUUAGCUGUAACCCAACAGUGUGCAUCCAUUAUAGAUGUCACCAUGCUGCUGCCUCUGCAUCCCAGCGCACUGGCUGCUACCUGGUUAGCUUGCAGGAACCUCCAUGGGUUACAGCCAUCGCGCCUGGCUCUGUUCCUUGGACAGGUCCCAUUUGUUAUUCACAGAUAGGAACCUAAAUGCAGCCUGCACUGGUAGCCACUACCUCCCUCCCUGACUGUCUCAGUUCUCUCAGAACUGAAGUAUGCUUUUCCAUGACUCUUAAAUUUUGAGCUUAUGGUUCACCACUUCACGUACACGUGACCAUGAAAGCCUACAGAUAUACAAGCUUUGCAAACUUUCAAGAAAGGGGGCUUUUUACUUUGGUUAGCACGGUAAAAUAAACAGAUCUAGAUAUUUAAAAAAAAAAAUGCCUCAGUGCAUUUCCAUGCUUGAAAUCCCCUAAAAUUUUGAGUAUUCUUUGGGUCCUUGUAGCAGUAGGAACCACCUUCUUUUUCAAAUGUGCCAUGUAUUUUGGAGAAUAACUUUUUUCUUCCUCCUUUCUAAUCCAGCCUUAGACCUCAAAGGGGCAGUGUUUUCCCUUUUGUUCAUAACAUCUGGUCUCCUCUAUUACUUGACUUUGAUAGUGUUGGUAGGUUGUCAGUUCUUUAAUUAACAGUUCUUUAUUUACUGAGGGCUAGACUUGACAAACACAUUUGCUCUAGGCAAUCAGCUACCGCAUGGCCCAGAAGCAAUCCAGCUAAGUGAAUGCCCAUCCAAGUUUAACAGAGAACUCCAGCAGUUGUGGGUCUUUCUCUUGUUGUUUCCCUCUGGUUUCAUUUCAGUGUGGGCACAGAAGACAGCAGAUAAAUCUUUUGAAGUAGCGUGUGCAACGUAAUCCAGUUACUCAGCAAAAACAUCUAACGUGAAACAAAAUUCUUAAACAGAAUAUGUUUCCCAACUACUCAGUUUUCCAGUUGUGAUUUUGCUCACCUUGGUGGUGCUAAUUACACUGUUGUAUUGAUUUAUUAGUCUCUUAUGUACUGAUUUUUUUUUUUUUUAAUAAAUUUGUAGUAGACAGACACCUGAAAAAAAAAAAGAAGAGAUACUACCACAAACACCAGAAAGGCCAAAAUUUGUCUGGAUGCCAUGCAUAUGCGGGUUGGGAGAUGAGAAUGCAACUGAGUUACUACUCGUGUGUGACAGCCUGAGCCAAGCUGCUGUAGCUGGUAUGCACAUGCCCCAAUUGCCCAGUAGAACAAAUUAGUUUGAACAACUAAUUACCCUGUGUGUAAUUCCUCCAGGACGUGGAAAGUGUCUAACCACACAGCUGUGGAGCAUUUCGUAUGUACGUAUAGGCAGUUAAGCAACUCGGGUGACAAACAGCAGCCAGUGAAUCAAUGCCAAUGUAUUUUAAGACUCAUGUCUUGACUUUGUACAUACUUCUUAGUUCUUAAUAUUAAAAGCACUGUAUGCUUUUUUAGUUUUUUCAUAGUUUGUCACUGACAUCACUCAAAAUGUUUAAAGAAAAUGUAAUCAAGAGGGUAAAAUACUUUUUUGAGUAUAAAUAUGUCAGUUAAAGCAUCAUACGCUCAAUGGUACAGGGUUGGAUGCAAUGUAAUGUUUUAUUCCCUUUCACUUCUUCAGAAGUGUCAAUUACUUGUACAACUAAUUGUUGAACUAUUGUUCAUGGACACUUUGCAGAUAGUAUAUUCAGACUGAAGAGUUAUUUGAGGAGGAUUUUUAAAAGUGUGUAACUGGUUUAGAAGCACGAGUCCUGUUAGUUUCUACCAAAACUCAUGUUUGUUGGUGUGUUGUGUAUUUUUGAAACAUUCCCCCUUUGUAGGUUGUUAUGUUGAACGUUCUAUUGUGAGCUUUAUCUUGCUCAACAACCAUUGUUCUGGAUUGGUUAUUUGUUUGGAAAUGCCCAUAUAUAUGUAGAAUGCAAGAAUAAUUUGUUUUCAAAAUAUUUAAUGAACUUUUUUUGGUUAUGAAAAUGGUCACUCGCCUGUUAAACGAAGAAUAACAAUUAAUAAAAACCCUUACAUAUU